UCGAGGGUCCAGCGCAGGCCGCGCGAGAAGCGUACGGGCUGGAGGAGAAAGAACUUGCUGAGGGCAUGGCACGAGCAAGAAUGCAUAAGGAGAAGCUGAUGGAGGCAUCCAAGAAAGUUGCAGCCCUGGGGGGCUCAAGGGACGCGAAGAACUUGGAGGAGGGACGAGAACUUUUCUCCAUGGCCAACUCAAAGAACGGGAAAGUGUUCAGACACAUCGAUCGUCUAUCCCGCACGGGAGCGAGUUUGAAGGCAGCCGAUGGAGCAGGGUUUCCUCGCAUGCGAGGGAUGGACAUGUCGGUCGUGUCCAAGGAAGCGACUCCGCUAGUGCUGGCGCAGGAGGAGAAUUACGCGAAGAAGGAAGCAGCGAGAAUCGCAGACAUGGCAAAAGAGCUCAGGGGCUGAAGAUGUUUUAACAGAAGAAAAAUUCACG